AUCAAUAUAAACAAGGUCGCUGAGAAUCUCGAGAAUCUUAUCUGUUUGUUGACGUCAAACGCAGGACAAGUGCUCAAUUCAAUUCCGAAAAGAUGCUUGGUAAAAGCUAUCUGGUCGCUACUGCAGUGAUCUUACUCCUUAAGCUCGUUUCCGGUGGUGACAAGGGCGAAGUUGGAGCAGUCUCAAGGGGCUAUGAGGAAAUCAACGGAACUGAAUACUACCUCAGCACCGAAAGCCGGACUAGAGAUUCGGCAAAAUUGGACUGCGAAGGAAGAAACAUGACCUUGGUGGAAUUUGACGGCAAUAACAAGUGGACAACGAUAUCUUCCUGGAUUUCAAAUAACAUUGCGUAUCGGAAAAACUGGUAUUGGACGAGUGGCAUCUUGGCUCAGAACUCGGAAAAAUGGGUCUGGGAGGCGUCGGGCGAAGAGAUUAAACAAUUUUUCUGGGCGCCAUCACAGCCCAAUGAAAACAGUAAAAAUGGAAGCGUGUGCAUUAACUUCAUCAUCGACUUCGGCGGUUGGGACGACGAUUAUUGCGAUCAGUUCACAAUGGGACAUAUUUGCGAAUGAGAAAGAGUUUGAACCCAAUUUUUGGAUGAAGACUGGUGUGAAUAUUGACACAAGUAAUUACAAUUUAGAAAGGAGAUGGAAUGAAAAAGGAAAUACCAAAUAAGGAAUACAAUGGCUGUUGUCAUUACAAUUAAUGUAAGCAAUCAAUAUCUCUACAUUUUUUUUAAAAUCAGAAACGACAUAAUUUUACCACCAUAUAAGAAGAAAUAAGCACAGCGAGAUUUAAUGUUUCAGUGAACUACUAAUAAUAUCUCAAGUUCCUUUUCUGUCUUAUUGCAAUUUUUAUUAUAAUCCUGUGAAUUCACAAUAUUUUGUAUGUAGUUGAACUAUCAACACCAGUAAUAAAUAAAAAAAUCAAACAAGUU